AUGAAAUAUGGAAGGCCGGAUGAAGAGUUCAUGAAAUGGAAAUGGAAGCCUGAUGGUUGUGAUUUGCCUGUUUUCGAUCCGUAUGAGUUUCUUGAAAUUGUUAGGGGCAAGUCCAUGGCCUUUGUUGGAGAUUCUUUGGCAAGGAACCACAUGCAAUCCUUGAUCUGCCUCUUAUCCAGGGUGGAGCAUCCCAUCGAAGCUCAUUUCAAUGGUUCGAAGUAUGUGAGUUACAAUUUCACAAUUGCCCGGUUUUGGUCACCCUUUCUCGUGAAGUUCAAAGAGGAAAACUCCGAUCUUUUCAAUCUCUACCUCGAUGAAUUUGAUGAAUCCUGGACAAACUAUAUAGAUAAAUUUGACUACAUUGUGCUCAGCGCCGGGCAUUGGUUUCGCCGGCCAGCCAUGUAUUACGAGAAUCACCUGCUCGUGGGGUGCAACUAUUGCAAAAUUCCAAAUGUCACCAACUUUUGGAUAACUUAUGGCUACGAGAGGGCGUUCAGAACAGCUUUUAAAGCUAUAAAUACUUUAGAAAACUACAAAGGGAUAACAUUUUUAAGAACUUUUACACCAUCCCACUUUGAAAAUGGGGAGUGGAAUACUGGUGGGAAUUGUAUAAGACAAAGACCAUUUAAAAGAAAUGAGAGUGUUUUGGAAGGUAUGAAUAUGGAUCUUUACAUGACUCAACUGGAGGAAUUUAGAGUUGCAAAAGUCGAAGGGAAGAAGAAGCGAUCGAGAUUUAGAUUGAUUGAUCCAACACGAGCUAUGCUAUUAAGGCCAGAUGGGCACCCCAGUAAAUAUUGGCAUUGGUUACCUGAGAAUGUGAAUGUGAAUGCAAACAAUGAUUGUGUACAUUGGUGCUUGCCUGGACCUAUUGAUUCUUGGAGCGAUUUCUUGUUUCAUCUGUUGAAGAUGGAAGGACAAACAUUCCAUUUCAGAAGUUGGAACUACUUGAGUUACAACUUCACCAUUGCCAACUAUUGGAUACCCUCUUUGGUGAAAACCGAAGAGGCAGACCCUGAUGGUCCAACUCAUACGGGUCUAUUCAAUCUCUACCUUGACGAGGUUGACGAGUCCUAG